AUGGCAUCAUCAACAGACGAAACUCAAGCUAAGCAACACCCACUCCACAACGCAAUCAAAGAAGGAAACACCAAGCUUGCCGAACACUUGAUCCAAACUGACCCCGCGCUACUAUACAGCAAGGACGAAGACGAGCGCACGCCGCUCCACUGGGCCUGUUCGCGAGACAACACCCACCUAGUCCGCUACAUCCUCGACCACACCCCAUCAAAGCUAGACCUCGAUGAAUUCACCGACUCGAGCGGAUGGACACCGUUGCAUAUUGCUGCUUCCAUUGGCAACGUUGAGAUCCUUAAUUUGCUAAUGCAUCACGAAGUCGAAGUUGAUGUUGAUGCCGUGACCAACACCGGCACGACGCCGCUUCAGUUGUCGAUUUCCAAGCAGCACUUGCCAUUUGUGCGUGCUUUACUCGGGGAGUUUGGCGCCAACGCGAGGAAAAAGGAUAAGUUGGGCAUGAGUGCGCUCCAUCGUGCUGCUGCUGGGGGAAACUUGGCGUUGGUGCAGGAGGUUGUUGAGCAUGGUAAGAAUGUUAAUGUUAACGCCAAGGAUAACCAAGGUUGGAGCGCGUUGCACCAUGCGCUCGCUGAGGGCAAUGGAGACGUGGCUGUGUGGCUUGUGCGGGAAGGUGGUGCUGAUGUUAAUUUGGUGGAUGAUGACGGGUUGAAGCCUGCGCAAGUUAGCGUUGAUGAGAAAGUAGGGCGGUAUUUCUUGGAGCAGAUUGGACAGCCAUUGGCUCAGUAA